AUGGCAUACACCAUGGUGGAUCUGUGCUGGAAGCUGUCCAUCUGCUUUUUCUGCUGUCAAGUUGUCUCAGGAAGAGUUAAGAGGGAGGGGCAUUAUGUUGCUGCCGUGUAUGAGCACGAGUCCAUACUGAGUCCUAACCCGACAGCCCUGGUUGAUCGACACUCUGCGCUGGAGCUUAUGGGCAGAAAUUUAGACAUCUAUGAGCAGCAAGUAGUGGCUGCUGCAAGACAGGGGGCACAGAUCAUAGUUUUUCCUGAAGAUGGAAUCCAUGGCUUCAACUUCACCAGAAGCUCCAUUUAUCCUUACUUAGAUUUUGUUCUGCAUUCAUCCUUUGUGAAGUGGAAUCCAUGCAGAGAGCCGUAUUUGUUCAAUGACACAGAGGUUCUUCAGCGCCUGAGCUGCAUGGCACUGAAAAACAAAAUAUUCCUUGUGGCAAACUUGGGAACUAAACAACCCUGCGAGCACACGGAUCCUCACUGUCCAUCAGAUGGAAGAUACCAGUUCAAUACCAAUGUGGCAUUCAAUGAUGAUGGUACGCUGGUAGCCACAUAUCGCAAACACAAUCUCUAUUUUGAAUAUGCUUUUGAUACCCCUCCAGAGCCUGACUAUAAAGUCUUUGAUACUCCUUUUGCUGGCAAGUUUGGUAUGUUCACUUGCUUUGAUAUACUCUUUUUUGAGCCUGCAGUCAACCUCAUCAGACAACACAAUUUGAAACAAAUUGUAUAUCCAACUGCCUGGAUGAACCAGCUCCCGCUCCUGUCUGCUGUAGAAUUUCAACAAGCUUUUGCAACAGCUUUUAACAUCAAUAUUUUAGCAGCUAAUAUCCACCACCCUACUUUGGGCAUGACAGGGAGUGGCAUAUACACUCCAGUCAAGUCAUUCAUCUACCACAACAUGGAAAGUUACGGUGGCAAGCUCAUAGUAGCAGAAAUUCCUGUGAUUACCACAGAUUACAAAACCAAUUUGGAGAGUAAUGAAAGAUUCAGAGAGAACACACAUCAGUCAUGCAAGACUUUAACAGGCAUUUCAAUGGAUGAUCAAGUUUGCUUUAAGGAGGGACAGGAGACCCCUGGCAGAGCAUCAGAAAAAGGAAAUGAACAGUUACCUCCCUUAUUUUAUGCAGAAAUGAUGUAUGACAACUUUACUUUUGUUCCUGUGUGGGGUGAAAAAGGAGAGCUCCAAGUUUGUGCCAAUACCCUUUGUUGUUACUUAAAUUAUCAGAGAGCUGUUUUAACGGAUGAAUUAUAUGCUUUGGGAGUUUUUGACGGGCUCCAUACAGUGCAUGGCACAUACUAUGUCCAGGCCUGUGCGCUAGUGAAGUGCGGUGGUCUCAACUUUAGCACUUGUGGACAGGAGGUUACCGAUGCCACUGCUCUGAUAGAUUUCCAGCUAUGGGGAAAUAUGAGUACCCCUUACAUCUUUCCUUUACUGCUGACAUCUGGCAUUACCCUGGACUUUGCUGAUCACAUGGGCUGGAAAAACAACCACUAUUUCAUGAGCAAAAAUAGAACAUCUUCUGGCCUACUGACAGCUGCUCUAUAUGGACGAUGGUAUGAAAAGGAUUAGCAGAUACUUGACUGAAUCAGAAAACAGCUGCCCAAUGUUCAGAGUAUAUAUCUUAGCAUAAGUUGUUGAACAUCUGUACUGCCUAGAGCUUCAGGUAUGCUGCCUAUAUGACUGAUUGGUUAGAUUC